CCCAUCUUUUUCCAUCAGGUUGAAGACAACAAUAUGAAUUCUAGAAACCAAACAGCUGUCUCAGAAUUCCUUCUGCUGGGACUGACAGAUGAUGCAGAGCUUCAGCCCCUCAUCUUCAGCCUGUUCCUGUCCAUGUAUCUGGUCAGCAUCCUGGGAAACCUGCUUAUCAUUCUGGCUGUCAGCUCUGACUCCCACCUUCACACCCCCAUGUACUUCUUCCUCUCAAACCUGUUCCUUAAUGACAUCUGUUUAAUCACAACCACAGUCCCAAAAAUGCUUGUGAACACCCAAACACAGAGUCACAGCAUCACUUACACUGGGUGUCUCUCCCAGCUCUGCUUUUUCUUGGUUUUUAUUGGCUUGGAAAGUUGUCUUCUUGCGGUAAUGGCCUAUGACCGUUAUAUGGCCAUUUGUCAUCCAUUGAAGUACAUGGUCAUCAUGAGCCCCUGCCACUGUGUUCUGCUUGUUCUACUCUCACUGCUCAUUAGUACUCUGCACUCCCUGCUCCAAACUCUGAUGGCACUGCAGCUGUCCUUCUGCACAGAUCUGGAGAUCCCCCACUUCUUCUGUGAACUUGACCAGAUCAUUAAGCUCUCCUGUUCUGAUACUUUCAUGCAUAAAUUGCUAGUAUAUUUGGUGACCGGCCUGUUUGCUAGUGCUCCUCUUUCUGGAAUAAUUUUCUCUUAUAUUCACAUCAUGUCCUCUGUUUUGAGAAUGCCAUCACCGGGAGGGAAGUAUAAGGCCUUUUCCACUUGCGGGUCUCAUCUGUCAGUUGUCUCCUUGUUUUAUGGGACUGGUUUUGGGGUAUACAUCAGCUCUGCAGUCACAGAAUCAUCCAAGAAGGCUCAGGUGGCUCCAGUGAUGUAUUCUAUUGUCACUCAGAUGCUGAACCCCUUUAUCUAUAGUCUCAGGAACAGGGACAUGAACAAUGCUUUGAGCAAACUCAUCAAUAAGAUAACCUGCAUUAUAUGA